UGCACCGAAGCACCGACUUGGCCUCGCGGAAGCACGCAUGGAUGGGUAUGGGCACACGACGCGUCGAGGAAUGUCUGGAAGCGUCGGCUUGAUGGGCCCGUACCACACUCGUUGACGUUGAUGUCAAGUACAUUCAUUCAUUCCAAAUCAUCCUGACAUACUUCCACCAUAGCAAACCACAAACGACCGUUUCAAGGUUCACACCGCACCCAAUCGCAUACUGCCUGAACCGCGCAAUAUGCAGUUGAAGUCUUUGAUUCUGGGCUCUGCCCUGGCCCUCGCCACGGCUGCCGCGGCUGACGAAGGCCGGCCUCGAAUUUAUUUCCCUCGGCACGUCAAACGGCAAUUCACGAACUCCACAGUCACGAGCCCCGAAUCCUUCCCGGAGGAGACCAUGUCCUCGACGACGAGCACGCCCAACUUUAUCACCAGGGUGCGGCAAUCCUCGAGCUCCGAAGACGAACGGGGCGGUUCGAGCGCCUCGGACUCCUUGCAAGCUAGUUCUGAGACUACCACCGGACCUCGCGUGACCACCAUUAUCAUCUCGAGCACAAUUUGGGUGCCGCCGACGCCACCCACGUCUGUCCCGGAGUCGUCUGUCCCUGAGUCAUCUGUCAGUGACGACGAGACAUCGUCUGAAGUGCCUUCUUCGGCACCCGACGCUUCGGGCGAGGAAGAUAUCUCGAGUCCUCCUAGCACCACCGACGGUUUCAACCUCAUUCCCACCAAUUUGCUUCCUUCCGGGCUUAUCCCCAGUGACCCGUUCCCACCCGUCAUCUCCCCCUCGUCUUCAGAUGAGGAGUCAAGUGAAGCCGUGCCUACCACCGCGACGAUCGACUCGAGCUCUUCACCCAUUGUGAUCGCCCCCACCGGAGUCGUUACGCCGAGCUCUGAGGCUAGCAGCUCGCCAUCGACUGCCCCAGAAUCUUCAGCCGAGGAGACCACCGCGCCAGUUGAAGAGUCAGAGUCUGCCGCUCCGACGUUGACUACUGCCUCAACUACUGCCUCGACUGAACCUGAGGAGUCGGGAACCAAUCCCCUUGACCCUAUCGCGUCGUUGAUCUCAGACAUCGUUGCCCCGCCCGUGCCAACGAACGCUACCGAGUCGGAAACCCCGAUCUCGACCAGUAUUGACCUUGAUCUCCCUAGCUCGCUCCCUGGUCCGUCGAGCACGAUUUCCGAAGAGCCUCCCAUUGUUACCCUACCCCCGGUCCCGAGCUCGACCCCUAUCGAACUUCCCCCCAUUUCUAACUCUACCGAGCCGGUGCUCGAGCCGCCAGUGACUUCGUCAAUCCUUGCGGAACCGACAUCGCUGCCUCCGGUGGAAUCCUCGGUGCCCCCCAACAGCACGAGCGACGGUGUUUCUAUUGUGCCACCUUCGGACGUUUCCAUCCCCGUCCCCGUCCCCACGAGCUCGGUUUUCGAUGGAAACGACACUGUGUCCGCCGUGCCCGAACCGUCCUCUCCGUCAUCCGAAUUGCCAGGUAAUUCAUCAGUCGUGCCCACUGAAUCGGUCUUGCCCACUGGAUCGGUCGUGCCCACUGGAUCGGUCGUGCCCACUGAAUCGAUCGACCCGGUUGAGUCCACCGCACCGCCGACUGCCGUCCCCUCGGUUUCGGAGCCUUCCUCGGUUGUGCCUGCUUCUAGCGAGCCCCCCAAGCCGACCCUUCCUCCGUCGCAAUCGUGGCUGCCGACAACCAUCAUUGUGGAGCACUCGACGCCAACUGUGACCCAUUCGGUAGGCGGCAGCGCCCCAACCACGACUGGUGUGAUGCCUUCCGACCUUCCCAGUCUCAUCACCCCCGACGACUCUUCGGAUGUUACUCAGCCCGAGGGCACCGUGGUUCUCCAAGUUGGUUUCCUGUACGCCCAGAACUACGAGUUUGUCAGCAACAACCCCAUGGCGGCGGCGCAGAUCUUCACGUACUUGCCCAUCGCCCUGGCCGAUGGGGCGGAGAUUGACCGCAGGAACGUCAAGGUGAUCAGGCUCGUGCCAUACGACACGAUGCAGUCGCUUGGAUACAUCACGACGCUGGCCAGGUUCUACUACCCGGAGAGCAUGAUCGACCAGCUGCGCAUGGAUAUUCAGAUUCCAAACUCGCCUUUCUACAACCACCCGGUUGAGCUCGUGUACAACCUGACCCAGAACGUCAAUCCUGCUAUUGAUAUCAUGCCCGGCAGCGAGAUCGAUCUCACCGCUCCUGGCGAUGACUCGUCGGACGACGACAACACCGACCCCAACGACUUGGCGGCCAACGAGUCGGACGCGUCGCCGAUGCAGCGAGGCACAGCUGCUGCCAUUGGUAUUGGUGCGGUCGGUAUCGCGGCUGCCUAUGGCGCGGCCAUGUUCCUGAUUGCUCGCCGCUAUAAGCGCAAGAAGCAGGCACACCGCCGCUCCAGCUCGAUCGCCGGCUCGUCCGAGAUGCGCUACACCGGCGCGGGCAGCCCUGCUCUGAUGGGCGGGGCGCUGAUGAGCCGUGACUUUUCCGGCUACGGAGGCGUGUCGGGCGGCCAGCGUGACAGCCGGGGUAGCGGGCGUAGCGGCGGCGGGAACUCGGGACGGACGGCAUACAUCUCGGCCCCUGUGGCUGCAGAGAACUCGCUCGGAUGGAACUGACUUGACGAACUAGACGCCCUUCCCCCUGUCCAGUGAUCAUCAUAUUUCUUUUUUUUUUCAUUUUUUUUCAUGUUCUUCAAACUUCUCUCAUCCGCUCAACAGCGACUUUUAUGA